AGAAACCUCUUCUGUAACCCAACAAAACAACUCAUAAACAAAGACGCAACACAAUCUUAGAAACCAGAGAAAAUCAAGAUGGGAAUGGUAGUGGUAAUUUCUCUUCCUUUAAUCUUCUUCUGCUUUCUUCUUGGCUUUGGUUGUUACUUCUUUGGAAGAGCUAGAGGCAGACGUGAAGUGUUCAGCAAUCCUCAGGUUUAUGGUAUGCCGAUUCCACCGCCAGGAGCUGCUGCUGCAAACACUACAUUCCCUGAACCACGUUCAAAACCAAACUUUGCUUCUAAUGUUUGAUGAGUUCAACUCAUAGCACAUGCAUAUAAAUGUUAUGUUUUUACUUGAGUUUGGUGUAAAUUGGCUGUUGUUGUAGUAAGAGUCCAAUUAAGAUUCAUUUUUAUUCUAUUCAUUUGUAUACACCACUCUUGGUGAAGUUUAAAUAAACAUUUAUGGCUUUUCAACUUCUUGAAUUCAAUUUU